AUGGCCAAGACUGUUAAAGCCAUCCAGUUUUUUGCACUCUUCUUAAUUUUCGUCCUAAUUGCAACUGGGGGACGAUGGCAGAAGUGCAAGAAAAUCUUUGUGAGAGGGCUAGCCAAACAUGGUCUGGGAAGUGCGGCAAUACUGACCAUUGUAACAAUCAAUGCAAGCAAUGGGAGGAUGCAAGGAGUGGAGCUUGUCAUAAAAGAGGUGGCAAUUGGAAAUGCUUCUGCUACUUCAAUUGUCCUCUCGACAAACAUAAUUAAUAAAUUAUACCCUUCUUGCUUAGGGUUGCUCAAACUUCUUUUUCGUAGUAUAAAAUAAGCGAGCUGGCU